AAUGUUAUAUUAUGGAUUCUCCAACCUUUGCACAGUGAACUAGUUUGUGCAUGAUACGAGUACUUAUCGAUAACACGGGACGUGCGCGGCCUGACCGUGCAGUGCGUCAGUGUUAACAAAGAAGGGAAAAACAACGCAACGUGAACUGUGGAACAUUAAACAAUAUAAAAACUGAUAAAGUCUCGAUUGAGCGCCAUGGAGACAACACUGAGUUCUGGGGGCUCGAACGCCUCCAGCGAAUGCGCUGUUGACGGGGGCGGUGGUUUGGGUCGCAAUAAUUGCCUGGACGCUGCUCUAUGCGGCAUAGCCAACAACAAUGGCCACGGCAAUGCCAGCCUGAGUCAAGAGGUGAAGGAUUUGUAUCGCUCCCUCUAUACCGCCUCUAAGCAGCUGGACGAUGCCAAACGGAAUGUGCAGAGCAUUGGACAACUAUUCCAACAUGACAUUGAGGAGAAACGCGCCACUCUGGUGCAGCUGUGCAGACAAAUCAUUUUUAAGGACUAUCAGUCCGUGGGCAAGAAGGUGCGUGAGGUAAUGUGGCGUCGCGGCUACUAUGAGUUCAUUGCCUAUGUGAAAAAGCAUUGGCACAAGCAGGGCGCAGAUGCCAACAUCGUCAAGGAAAACAUGCAGAAACUGGAACGCUUUCUGUGCGCGGGCAUUUACAACUACAAGCGAUUGUCGGCCAAAAUGGAGGAAAUCUACGACUUGGAUUUAAAAUACCUCAUUGAUUUCUCUAUCAUCAGCGAAGGCUACAUUGACGACUUGAUUGUCGAGUCGGCUUGCCAUGAACAGUCCGCUCAUACGCAAGCCGUGGACAAAAGCUUGGAAGCGGUGUCCUUUGCCUUGGACACCAUACACUCAUCGCUUUUGAGUCUAGGCGACUUGCAUCGCUAUUUUCUGGACUUUCGCAUUGACAGCCAGCUGAGCAUUAAUAAGCAGCAAGUAGCUAAAUACUAUUUGGAAGCCUUUAAGCUAAACCCUGCAAUCGGCAUGGCCCAAAAUCAGCUGGGCACUCUGUAUUACGGUCAGAACUUUGAUUUGGACUCAACGUACCACUAUCUCUACUCGCUCGUGUGCAUCAUACCCUUCGAGCUAAGUGAGAAUAAUUUGAACAAACUUUUUGCCAAGCAUACGGAGUAUUUGGAGAAAAUGGAUCCGGCCAAACUGGACUUCAAUAUAGAGGAUUUCUAUGCCCGUUUCUAUCUGAUUGUAGACAUUUUCUUUUUCGACAAGGAAGUGCCCGACUUCAAUUCGCUUUGUCAUUGUGUGCUCAUUGAUUUGCGCAAAAUUCUCUGCUCACAGCAGCUGCAUGUGAGCGAGGCGAGCGUCUUUAAGAUCAUCUCCAUUCUAUUCUUUUGCCUAUCAAAGCUGAAGAUGAUCAAUUCACCUAAAGUGUAUUCUCUCCAUGCCUUUCUGGUGGCCGCCUGUUCGGAUUUAAUGGACGCCUGCAUUGUCAAUAUUGAGCAAACCAUUUUGGCCAAGGCAUCCGAGAAUGAAAAAUUCCAGGCGGUCUACGAGGAAAAAUUCGUAGAGUUCGACACGCUGGUGCGCAAAUCACGCAACGAGUAUAAGAAUUGGCUGGCCGCUGUAGGGGAGUGCGAGCGCAAGGAUAAAAAGCUAUUGGCGAAGCCGCAUUCUCUCAAAGAUUUCUCAUCGGAUUCGCGUGAGAGCCAGCACUCUGUAGAUGACAAUUGCCUGAAGAAUCAAGAAGCUGCAGAUGGUGACAAACAUAACGCUGGCGAGCCCAUCUCAACCCGUUCCAGCGAUGAGGCCAAAGAGAGCGAUCUGAAGACUCCUUUGUCCUGCAAGAGCAAGAAACGUGGCAUGCGUUUGCGCAGACGACGACGCAAGAUUGCGCAAUCUGAUGACAGCUCUUGUUAUGACAGCGAAAGCGACAUGGACACCGAUUUUUACACUGACGAAGAGGACUACACCGACCUCAGCUCAAAUUUUGAUACAGACUUCAGUGACAUUGAAGUUGCCGAACGCGGUGGCGGGGGCGACGAGCAAUACGAUGCCGAUGAUUAUAACAAGAACGGUGAGCGUCAACGCAGGGCUGCCGAGCGUCUUUUGGCUGGGGCCAAGCUUGCAGUUCCAACUCCUGCUACAGCUGGCAUAUCGAUGAAUGCCAACUCGAAUUAUUCGGACAGCGAAGAUGUCGUCAUUGAGGAGGAGAAAAUAGUUUAUCCCGAAGAAGUGCUGGAGAAGCGACCCAACUCGCAGGAGAUUGAUUCCGAGGAGCUGUUGCGCAGUUUUGAGGUGCUGCAGUUGCAUGCCAAUGGCAGUGGCACGCUCAAUUUUAAGAGCACUGAGGACGCUACAAGCGAGCAACCAGAUGCAAACUUUUUGCCGCCUGUCAACUGCUCCGAACCACCCAAGAAACUCGUCUAUCGCAACAAGUACACUAAGAUAAAUCCCAAUAUCAUCAUUGAUUGCCUGCACAAUGAGCCCACAAUACGCGCACUGAAAAUGCUCUUCGAUUGGCUGCGUAUCAACCCAGAAAUUCUCAUUGGCUGCUAUCACUCGAAUCCAGAGUUUGUGCACAAGAUAAUGAAGCUGCUGAAUUAUUGCAACAUUGACAUUUUCACGCGUAAAGUGUUCUUUGAACGUGAGCUACUAAACACGCCGAAUGUGCGUGAGGCACUCGUCGAGCUCUUCGAUGUGCGCGCCAAUGUACCACUUAGUGAGGACUUCGCCUUCAAGAACUUUGAUAUUUUCCAAAGCACACAAAUCACACUGGAUUGGGAGACCAUCAUACGGGAGCGGGUAACGCCGCAGGAGGAGUCUAUCUUGCGCAUCUUCAAAAUGGUCGAUUUUGGUUUCUUCAUCUGCAAGCAGAAAAAGUUUAAUUAUCGGUUCUGCGUGAAGACACGUCGCUUCACCGAGAACCAAAAGAAAAAGCGCGAGGAGAAGAAGGGCUGCUCAUCGCAGCGACGUCGUGAACGACGCACAGCUCCCAAGGCCACACGCAAACGUAACGAGGGACGCACUCGCCGCUACUCGGAUCGCAAGAAUGGCAUCGUUCGCAAAAGCUAUACCAGCAAUGAAGAGAAGGAUACCGUGGAGGAGUGCCGCAAAUUGCCACGCAAGGGCUACCUGCGCAAUCGCAACGCCGAGAAGGCGGCUGCAGUUAUAACUAGCGCCACAGGCACUGGUGGUGGCGCCUCUGCCGCUGGUGGCACUUCAGCCUCAACCACCACAAACAGCGUUAUUGAGAAGUUAAAUGUGCAGUCCAGCAGCGGAGCUGAUGAGGAACGUUCCGAGGCCAUGUCCAAGAAAUGCGAAAUAAUGGGCAAAUUGUGGCUACAAAACGAGGUGGAAACUUUGGAAGAAGAGCUGCGUGACAGCACCGCCAAUGUGGUCAUGACGCCAUUUGUGGUGGUCGAUGCCAAGGCUCUGACUGAAUACAAUGGCAUUGUCAAGUCCCUAGUUAGAACCAAGAAGUGCAUCGUGCUCAUUCCCAAUGCGGUGUUCAACGAGCUGGACGAUUUGAAGAAGCGCAGCGAAAAUGUGCGCCAUGUGAUUCGUUGGCUGGAGCAGGAGUUCAAGCACGGCAAUCGCCAUUUGCGCGCUCAACGCGACAAUGAAAGUCAACCAUUGUCCUUGUUGAAGGUCUCCCGCAAGAUGGAUCGCGACGCCUCAUCCUUUUUGCAAAUUGCACAGUUCUGCAAUCAUUUGGUAGCCAAUCAUGCCGAUCCCCAUGUGAGCGAGUUUCAAAAGAACGUCGUUACCUAUUUGUCGGGCGAUAACUUGCACGAGAAGAAUCGUCAGCAACAGAACUUUAGCUAUACAGGCAUACUGGACUCCAUACCCGUGCGCUACGAUCAGAUUGCCAGUUUCUAUGCCAAAUUCAAGGCCAACAAAAAAUGAGUGAGGCUCGUAAAAAACUAGGCAAAAUGGAUGCAAGCGUGUGUGUGUGUGUUCUCUCUGUAUACAAACGACAUGGAGUUCCCAAGUUAACGAAGUUUCUCAAGCAAUCGAUGCCAGAGCGAUUGUCGCAAAAUUUUGUCGUCGCCGCGGCGAAAAAUACAGCAGCAGCAGGUGGUAAAUAAAAAGGCGAUCGCAGCAACAGAGGUUGGUUAACAGACACACAACAACAACCAAAUCAACGUAAACUAUGCAGAAAACCAUUAGGACUACAAUUCUAACGACAACAGAGGUGGGUGGCAGCGUUUGCAACAAAGCUUGUUGUGUUAGACCAAAAAACAAACAAAAACAACAAAAAACACACAUAACUAAAAGAAUAUGCAGGAAAAAAUUCACUUUCAAUUCAAUGGCAAUGAUCAUAUCGACCUACAGCUAAUGUAAAUGGACAAACGGCCUUAUUACCAAUGGACAAAAGAAAAAAUCUAAGAAAAAAAUCUAAAAAAAAACCUUAAAAAAUGAGUUACUUUUCAAAUCCAAACUAUCCCCCGUACAUGCGUGUUCCACAUUCGGACGCAUGUAGCAUCGAAGGCGACGCAGUUGCAAGGGCGAGAACAUCUUGGGAGGCGGAGGAGCAGCAGGAGGAGGAGGAGGAUGGGGUUGGCAGAUGAAAACAACAUGCAGCAAUCAACUUUUAGUCUUCGAGUGCCGCUCAUGAAGAUCAGUGCUCGGAAUCACGUUCAUUUGCCAAACGGCUGAAUGCUUUUAAGGACCUCUAGACAGCAUCUGCCGUUGUUAUUUGGCAGCGCUCUUCAUAGCCAUACAGCCCUACAUUAUGCACCACUAUUUCUCUGAUACAAACUGCACAAUUUCGAACUUAGCUCAAAAAAACAGCAAUAACAAUGCUCCUACCUUUUUCAUGCCUUAUUGAUUUCAAACUUUCGAACACGAUUUCCGUUACAUGCAAGGUCCAUACUUGUUUGCGCGCAAUUCUUUAUUUUUUAACAAAAUUGAAUAAUACAACAAAAAAAACAGAAAGAAAGAGAAUUCUUUUAAACCGCUUCACUAUAUAAAUCAUAUAUAACAACAACAGUACUAUAUAAUAAAAAAAAUGUUGGGCAGAUUCCAUCACAUAAUUGGUCAGUCAAGUAGUGCACACAAAAGAAGCUCAUCACGUUUAAUGAAAUUUUCAACAAUUUAUUUACAACAAGCUACAACUGUAUCAUCAUCAUUCAAGAAAACGCAUAUUAUAUUAAUACAUAUAUGUAACAUUUUGUUCAAGAAAUAAUAUCAAUAAAGUGCCCAACUAAAAAAACAAA